AUGUUUCGAAUCUUUAUUUUAGGAUUAUGUGUUUUCAUGGUUUCCUUGGUUGUAAUUGGCAAGAAAAACGAUACUGAAUUUGGUGACAAGGUGGAUGAGAAUGGCGAUGACGGAGUUGAUGGCGAUACUGAAGAUAAUGAUAGAGAUGGUGCUGGCGGAACGAUUGGUGGAGAUGACGGUAGUGGCGAAGCUGACGAUGAUAAUGAUGGUGAAAAAGAUGAUGAUCAAAAAGAUGACGAUAGUAGUAAAGGUGAAGAUGUUACGGAUGAUCAUAAAAAUGAUGACGAUGAUAAAGAUAAAGACGACGAUGAUGACAAAGAUGACGAUAAAGACGAUGAGUAUGGUAUUUAUGACUACACCGAUUGGCGUGACCACUCCACGCCCACCUCACUAUCAUGUGAGCUUGGAAACGCAGUAGCAAGAGUUAAAUCGUUACCAACUGACGGUCCUUUUCAGACUUUGGAAACACUGAUGAAUAUAACAAGUAACAUUUACGACAGUGUGACAAGCUUAAGUAAGAAGAACGUAGAACUGGCGGCAAAGAUAACCAAACCUAUGAGACGAGAUUUGCGAGCACUGAGUGUAAACCUGAAAGGAAUUCUUCACGAAUACAAACAGUUUUCUCAAUACUUUCGUUUUAUUGAGCGCAUUUUUACAACAUUUCAACACCACAUUCCCACCAACCAUGGCUAUACUGAUGUCGAGUCUUACUUGAAGGAAGUUGCGGCGUUAUUUGACAAGGAUAUAAAAUGGUGGAAAUUAUAUGCAUCAAUUAAUGGACUUUAUGAUUUUGGAAAAACAUUGGAGACCAGUUUAUCGACAGUUUACGAUCAAAUGGUAAACAAGAAAGCCAAAUCGAAAAUGUUCAAAAUUCAUAACAAAAUCUCACAGCUCCAGAUACUUGUCAUUCGUAUUAGUAGUGACGUGUUGAUAUCAAAGACGAUUGCAGAGAGGUUUUUGGAUAAACAUGGUGUCAAGUUUCAAUGUGAUGGCUGUUUGGAUUACACAGAUUCGUAUUGUCUCGAUGGAAUUUGUAGGCCUGGCUAUACUGGAUAUGCGUGUCAGUUAGAGAAGACUGACUUUGGUAGAUGUACAAGGGGUGGGAAUGGAAAUGUGAUGACAUUUGAUGGAAAUGAAUACAAGCCAUACCAGAGCGACACAACAGGACUUUCCGUCUACCAAGGAGGGACGUUCCUGUCUUUCAGUAUAAGCGACAUUAUCUUUAUUGAUACCAUUCCAGCCAUCACCGUUGCCAUGAUGAAAGAGGUUUACACACUAAUGGCGAACGGGAUAGUACAAGUGAAUGGUGAGCCAGUUGCCCUCCCUUUGACGAAGACUUACUCAACACCAGAGUCACCUAUCAACGGCAAAGUGACAGUUCAGCAGAAUGGACAGGCGCUAGUUCUGCAGUCAAACAUACACCAACUAACUGUGGAAUUUUCCACUGACGGAAGCAAUGACGUCAGUGUUUCGUUGUGUGUAUAUUGGGAGACAUUGGUGUCGGGAAAAUGUGGCAGUUUUAACAAUGGUGGUAUUACUGAUUUUACUGAUUUUGGCAAUUGAAACCAAGGGCUACUUCAUGCACCACAAGGGCGGAAUUGGUUCUGACUGGUGAUUGGUUAAUAUAACAUAUGUUGAAGCGUAUCCGUUGUCAACAAUAUGCUGUUUUUGGGCGUUUCAUUUUCGAAUAAUGGAUUCAACCAUCUACCUGUACUUUACAUUAAUUUAUGAAAUAAACUAUACCUAACGUAUUCAAUAUUGUCCAAACUUAUUGUAGCACAUAAACAUAAAUAAACAUUGGGUUAUUAUUCAAAGAGAAUAUAUUGAGUUAUUUGAGUAAAGCACAUCAGUUUGAUCCUUCUUUGAGCCCGGUCUUGAUCUCAGGAUUUACAUCGUGAAAUG